AUGUAUGUCAGCAUUCGGCAUUACAUAAAGCAUUACGGAAGUAUAAUUGACGUAAUUAGCAGUUUCAAAACAAAGUACAGUACGUGUAACAUUAAGAUCGAAAUUCUAACGAAGCAAUUGAGAAAGUCUUGCAGACCUGUCUCACAAAUCAGAAAUUGUCAAAACAAAAAAACUAUUCAAACCACUGCAUUGCCAGCUCGUCCCGGUUAUGAUCUGCUCACUAGGAUGCUGUUCAAUGAUAACUACGUAAAGGAUAUUGUAGUCAAGGCCGUCAUUGAGAAAGGUAUCUGCGGAGAUGCGCAGUAUGUUGGCUCUGAAGAGAGGCACGAUGGGAGGAGGAAUGAUGUCGUCUAUUAUCCUUUGGCAACACCUUCGGAAGAGCUUCGUUCUGUUAUUAUGGAAAUCCAAAUGAAUGUCACGAAGGAGUUUGUUUCGUAUGUGCUAACCAAACUAUUCAAGAUGUUCGAGAGGCAGAUCAAGGGGAUGAAAGAUAAAACAGAGGAUAAUACACGAGGAUAUACGCUUGUUGUCGGAAAGUAUAAUUUCAGAUUAUAA